CCCAAGAGGCUUCGAAUGCUACUGUGUCAGUCCAGGCCUUCUACAAGUCCCUGCGGUCCUAGUGUGAAAUCGUCCCGAAAAUCCGAACGUCGCUCGGCUCUUCCUCCCCAGUCCUGCUCAAAAUGGUCCCCCCCGGAAGUGCUGGCGGAGACUGCGGCUGCGCCUCUCUCCAAAGGGCAGGCGUCGCGGGGCCGGGCACUUCCGCACUUCCGCUUUCCGGCCCAGACAGCACCCGCAAUGACUGCCACUCUCCGCCCCUACCUUAGUGCCGUGCGGGCCACACUGCAGGCUGCCCUCUGUCUGGAGAACUUCUCCUCCCAGGUCGUGGAACGACACAACAAGCCAGAGGUGGAAGUCAGGAGUAGCAAAGAACUCCUGUUGCAACCUGUUACCAUCAGCAGGAAUGAAAAGGAAAAGGUUCUGAUUGAGGGCUCCAUCAAUUCUGUCCGGGUCAGCAUUGCUGUGAAACAGGCUGAUGAGAUCGAGAAGAUUUUGUGCCAUAAGUUCAUGCGCUUCAUGAUGAUGCGAGCGGAGAACUUCUUUAUCCUGCGAAGGAAGCCUGUGGAGGGGUAUGACAUCAGCUUUCUUAUCACCAACUUCCACACGGAGCAGAUGUACAAACACAAAUUAGUGGACUUUGUAAUCCACUUCAUGGAGGAGAUUGACAAGGAGAUCAGUGAAAUGAAGCUGUCUGUCAAUGCCCGGGCCCGCAUUGUGGCUGAGGAGUUCCUCAAGAAUUUUUAAACCAUCUGGCUGGAUCUCGCGGCCUUCCCCCUUGGCCUUCCCUGUGUCUCUGCGUGUCUGCGAAGGUGUCCUGGAGUCACUCCCCGGAGCAGCGGUGCAGCAGCAGCAGCAGCAGCAGGAAGCUGGGUUGGGUGGGCAUUGGAUGCGGGAGGCGGGUGUGGUGUGCUUGCUAGCUGUGCAAAAAGGCAGCAGUGGACCUGCCCCAAGGCCACACGUGUCUGGUCAGGCUAGCUUCCGAUGUUCAGUCCCCUGGGUUGGGACAGACUUUUUUUUAAACGUCCCGAAACCUAAACUCUGUGCUUGUAGAAGACUGUAACCUUUUGUCUUUUUUUUUUUUUUUUUUACAACCUGCACCUCCAGUGGCUGUGACUGGCCCCAGUGAUUGUACCUUAUUGGUCGCUGUGGUCUGGGCGGGCCUGGAGCCAGAAGGCGACUUUUUUUCCUGUGCCACCCCAGGUGGGGAGAGAGGGAAGUUUCAGACUCCAGUUUCUCUUUUCUGCUGUCUUACUCAAAGCCUCCUUGGCCCGGUAGAGGUGGUAAGGACUCUCUACUGGCUUCCUGAGUUCUGCCUGAAGAUGGCUACCGCACUGGUUGGGAACAAGGGCUGAAUCCAUGAUUGCCAGGCAGACCUAGGAGCUGGGGUCCAAAAGCCAGGCAACUUCUGGCUGCAGAGGCCACCAGGAGUCAUCCUCCCCCAACGCCUCCCCAGCUGAGAGGCCCCAAGGCUUGCCUGUCUGGGUACAGUGCCUGUGCUGGAGGUGCAGAGGUGAGUCUUUGCGUGCCCACCUGGGCCUCACCUACUCCGGCUCCUCUGCUGCCGCUCGCUGUCUCUGAUUCUGAUGAAUCCUCCCUUCCCCUGAUUAAAGUCUCUUCCUGCCCCUUUGGGGCUGCAUGA